CGGCGCUUUACCCCGCCGUGGCCCCAGUUAGCGCACCCACAACUGGCCGCUACUUAAUGCGGCGCCAAGCCACCAAGCAACCACUCCCGUCCGCCUCUCCUCCCCGUAUCGUCUCGUCUCCUCCGCUGCUCUGCUCUGCGCUGCUCCGCUCGCCAUGGCGUCCUCGACGGGGAGCUUGGAGCACGGGUUCACGUUCACGCCGCCGCCCUUCAUCACCUCCUUCACCGAGCUGCUCAGCUCCGGCGCAGCCGACAUGCUCGCCGGCACGGAGGAGCGGUCGCCGAGGGGGCUGUUCCCGCGGGCCAGGAGCGGCAACGGCGUGCCCAAGUUCAAGUCCGCGCAGCCGCCCAGCCUGCCCCUCUCGCCGCCGCCUAUGUCGCCGUCGUCAUACUUCGCCAUCCCGGCCGGGCUCAGCCCCGCCGAGCUGCUCGACUCCCCGGUCCUCCUUACCUCCGCCUCUAACAUCUUGGCGUCUCCGACCACCGGUGCGAUCCCGGCGCAGAGGUACGACUGGAAGCGGGCCGCCGAUCUGAUCACCUCCCAGCAGGAGGAGAGCAGAGCAGCAGGCGGCUUCUCCGACUUCUCUUUCCACACGGCCGGCUCCAACGCCAUGGCCACGCCGACAACUUCCUUUCCUUCCUUUAAGGAUCAGCAGGUGGAAGCGGUGAGCAAGAGCAUCGUCGCCUCGAGCAACAAGAGCAGCGGCGGCAACAGCAACAACAAGCUUGAGGACGGGUACAAUUGGAGGAAGUACGGGCAGAAGCAGGUGAAGGGGAGCGAGAACCCGCGGAGCUACUACAAGUGCACCUACCAUAGCUGCUCCAUGAAGAAGAAGGUCGAGCGCUCCCUCGCCGACGGCCGCAUCACGCAGAUUGUCUACAAGGGCGCGCACAACCACCCCAAGCCGCUCUCCACGCGCCGCAACUCCUCUUCUGGCGUGGCAGCCGGCGUGGCGGAGGACCAAGCCAACAGCCUCUCCGCGGCGGGCUGCGGGCCGGAGCACUCCGGCGCGACGCCUGAGAACUCCUCCGUCACGUUCGGCGACGAUGAGGCGGAGAACGGGUCGCAGCGGUGCGACGCCGACGAGCCCGAUGCCAAACGCUGGAAGGAGGACACUGACAACGAGGGCAGCUCUGGCGGCGCCGGCGGCAAGCCGGUGCGGGAGCCGAGGCUGGUGGUGCAGACGUUGAGCGACGUCGACAUACUCGACGACGGCUUCCGGUGGAGGAAGUACGGGCAGAAGGUUGUCAAGGGCAACCCCAACCCAAGGAGCUACUACAAGUGCACGACGGUGGGUUGCCCGGUGCGGAAGCACGUCGAGCGCGCGUCGCAAGACCAGCGCUCGGUGAUCACCACCUACGAGGGCAAGCACAACCACGACGUCCCCGUCGGCCGCGGCGCCGCCAGCCGCGCACCAGCGCCGGCGCCGGUCUCCGACGCCACGGCAGCGAUGGGCCAGGGCCAUCAGCCGUACACCCAUGAGAUGCUCUGCAAUUCAGGCGCCGGGGCCGGGUACGGCAGCUACGGCGGCGGCGCGUUCCAGCAGCGCACCAAGGACGAGCCGCGGGACGACUUUUUCGUCGAGUCGCUCCUCUGCUAGCCAAGCGAAGCGCAGCGAGAGUCCACCUCUCCACUCUACGGCCGGUGUACGCGUACCGCCGUGCCUGACGCGUAUGGGCUUUUGUUGCAUAUACACAUAUACGCUAUGUACACACGUAGGUCUUCAGCUAAUUAGAAAAGAGAUUUGUUGAUUCA